AUGAACAUCACUGCAGCACAACUCGCUUGCGUCUUGGUCAAGAGGCGCUUCGCGCCAAAGAUGAAAGACGUUCUCGAAACAGAAGACUCCAUUUCGCACACGAAGAUUGUCGAUUUCAUUAAGUCCGGAGUCCACGACGAAAAAAUCAAAAAGGAGGUUCCAACCGCCGAGAGCGCAACAAUAGACGCUUCAGUGCUCUCUGGUAAGUUCACCCACACAUGGCCACCAGUCACUUCCGAAGGAAAUCUUCACGACGACAUCAUCUUUGUGUAUGUCAAAGUGGCGAUAGAUAAAGAGACAGCGAUCGUGGCGAGAACUUAUGGCGUUGAUCCAACCAAGGAAUUGAAACACACAUAUACUUUACUUCUUAAAUUGGAACAAGAUCUCGCGCUGAAAUACAAAGCUGGAGUGACCGUCGAAGAUAAAGUCGUUGAAGUGAACGACCUUUCACAAAAGGUCGAUGUGAUCAAAGGUGAAAACACGUUGAAAGAGGGCGAUGUCAUAUCAAUUAGAGUGUGGAGUGGACAGUUGAUGAUUGUGAACACAUACUUUAUUGGAGCGAAGACCGUUUGUAUGACAAAAUUCGUCCCAAGCAACACAAGCAGUGUGUUCUUCUCAUUCAAAGAAGAGGAAGAGGUUGAGGCACUGCCAAAAUUUAGAGAGAAAAAAACGGGAGACAACACUGAGGAGGAGAAGCUUAAGGAGUACGAGAUGCAAAGAAAGGAGAUGCGAGAGGAGUUUAAACCGAAAAUUGAGGUUGUUAAAAAAGAGAAAGUCGACCCGACUUGUUACACAAAGGAAAUCGAGCUGCCAAAGAAAAAGCCAAACUACAUCGCCUCCGAUGUUGACAAGUUUGCUUUGCUUUUGCCUGUUGGCGGGCGGUUGGUUCCAUUCCAUGUAAACUACAUAAAAAGUGUGACAACUCGAGAGGGGUUUUUCAGAGUCAAUUUUAAUGUGCCCAGAGAAACAGAAGAGGGUACUACUUAUAUUAAGGAGCUCUCUUUCCACGUGAAAGACCCAGAGAGAAUCGCAACUAUCGAGAGGGACUACAAGGAGAUGAAAAAGAAAUGGACUGAGGAAGAAAAAAUCAGAAGCGUGAGAGGAGUCAAAGAAGAGAAGUUGGUGAUUAGAAGGGAGAACGUACCUGUGUUGAGGGCUGUUGGUAUAAACCCCGUGCUUAAAGGAAAGAAAACAGAAGGCAAUCUUGAGGCGCACAUGAAUGGAUUCAAGUUUACAUCAAAUGGUGGAAAUGUGGAGAUUAUGUUCAACAACAUUCGGCAUGCGUUUUAUCAGAAUGGAGAUAAAGAAACUGUCAUUUUGAUCCACUUAUUUUUGGACCCGCCUGUGAUCAUACAAAACAAGGCGUAUUCACACAUCCAGUUUUAUAACGAAAUUAUGGAUGUUUCACUCAAUAUUGAUAGAAGCGACCAUUACUACAGCGAGGCAGAUGAACUGAGAGAAGAGGAAAGAGAGAAGAGAAUUAGGGCGAAAUACAACCACUUGUACAACGAUUUUAUGGGCAAACUGAAAGAACUUAAAGUGCCUGUUUUGUUUGAAAUUCCAUUCAGAGAGCUCAGAUUUAACGGAACCAUCAAAAGAAAUACAGCAACAAUGCAACCAACCGUGAACUGCCUCAUCAAUAUCACAGAUGCGCCGUACAAAGUGAUCGAGCUUGAAACGAUUGACAUUGUUGUGUUUGAACGGUUGUCGAGAAAUUUAACAUUGAAGAACUUUGAUAUGGUUGUCAUUUUCAAAGAUCACAACAAGCCCGUGUUACCAAUAGGAUCCGUUUCGAAAGUUGACUUGGACCACAUUAAGAAGUGGUUGACGAAGUGUGACAUUAAAACGUACGAGACACCACAAAGUUUGAACUGGACAAACAUCAUGGAGACGGUCAAUAGCGAUCAAGAACACUUUGAGGAGAAUGGGUGGUCGUUCUUAAAUCCAGACAAUGGUUCAGAAGACUCGGAAGAAGAGGAACAAGUGUACGAAGCGGUUGACGAUGGUGAUGACGAAGAGGAUUUGUCAACAGAUUUGUCAAGUGAGGAAGACGACGAAAGUUCAAGCGAGGAGGAAGAGGACGACUCUGGGGAAAGUUGGAGUGAUUUGGAGAAACAGGCCAUGAAAGACGAUAUGGUUAAAGACAGAGAGGAGCACGAAAUGUUCGGGAGAGAGAAAAUGAUAAAGCAGCGAGAACGAACACAGAAGAAGUAUGUGCCCCAAAGAACUACGACCAUCCAGAACUUUUUCAAAAAGACAACCACAGCACCAACCAGAAGCUCCGCACCAAUGAAGAGAGAACCCAUCAAAAUGAAUAAGGCCUUUGUUCCACAGAAGAAGGAGACGACAUUUUCGUUGUCGGGUGGAGUGAAGAGAGGCCCUCCAACUGCAGGGUCGUAUGGGAAGAGAAAGCCGUAA